AAUGGAAUCUACUCUCCACACUGGCACUUGAACGGCCACAAUGUUAUCUAUGUCUUGAGGGGCAUGGCAAGGAUUCAGAAUGGAAUCUACUCUCCACACUGGCACUUGAACGGCCACAAUGUUAUCUAUGUCUUGAGGGGCAUGGCAAGGAUUCAGGUGUCAUUCAAGACGAAUGACAACCCUUGGAUCAGCCCCCUCGCUGGAUGCACCUCCGUCAUUCGUGCCCUACCGGAAGCUGUCCCCAUGAACGCCUACCAAAUCUCUAGGGACCAGGCCCAGAGGGUCAAGUACAACCGGGAAGAGACCUUGUUGAGCUCAUCCAGAUCUUCUGAGAGGAGGGCUAUUGCCUAA